AUGGCUAAAUGGGGAAUUCAAGUCCCUAUGAACUGUGUACUAUGCAAUGCUGAUACUGAAGAAACUCACACUCACUUGUUCUUUGAAUGUGAUUACUCCAGAAAAUUCUUACGAUGGAUAAGAGAUAACAGGCAAGUAGGGACCUGGGAAGAGGAGAUUGAGAGAUUAACAACCAAGCAAUGCAACAGCAGAGCAUAUGCAGAGGUGCUAGGAUGGCUAUUAGCUGCUACUGUCUACCAUAUACUGAGGGUUAAAUUUGACCCUAUACAACCUUGUUGUGACAAAAGUGGACUUAAGAAAGGGCCAUGGACAACAGAAGAAGAUCAGAAACUCAUUGAUUACAUUCAAAAACAUGGCUCUGGAAAUUGGAGGACACUUCCUAAGAAUGCUGGGCUUCAAAGGUGUGGAAAGAGUUGUAGGCUACGUUGGACUAACUAUCUUAGGCCAGAUAUUAAAAGGGGGAAAUUCUCAUUGGAAGAAGAAGAGACAAUCAUCCAUUUGCAUAGUAUUCUUGGAAACAGGUGGUCUGCCAUUGCUGGUCGCUUGCCUGGAAGGACUGAUAAUGAAAUAAAAAAUUACUGGAAUACACACAUUCGGAAAAAGCUUCUGAGAAUGGGAAUUGAUCCAGUGACUCAAAGUCCUCGUCUUGAUCUUCUUGAUCUUACCUCCAUUUUUAACCCUUCACUCUACAAUUCAUCUCAACUCAAUCUUUCAAGGUUAUUAGGUGUACAAUCCCUAGUAAGUCCAGAAAUUUUAAAAAUAGCCACUUCUCUCUUUUCUUCCAAUAGCCAAAACCAAAAUUUCUUAUUGCCAAGUAAUUUUCAAGAAAAUCAACUAUACAAUUCCCAUGUCCAAAACCAAUUAUCCCAAUUUGUCCAAUCUAGCCAAAUUCAUACCCCUAUUCAAAAUAUUCCAUCUAUUCCAUUUUAUGGCGAAGCUCAAGUCAUGCAACAACCUAAUGUUGAGCAAUUCUCAUCAAAUAUUUCUAAUUUAAGCUCACAAAAUUGCCAAUUAAGUGAGUGGCAAAAUUAUACUUUUGAAUCUCUUUUGUCAACUUUAUCAACACCUUCAUCAAGUCCUACUUCAUUGAAUUCGAACUCAACAUGCAUCAAAAGCAGCAGCACAAUUUCUGAAGAAGAUCAGAGGGAAAGCUACUGCAGCAGCAUGUUGAACUUUGAUAUUUCAAAUAGUUUGGAUGUUAAUCAUGAUUUUUUGUAA